AUGCAAUUGAAAUUUCUCCAAACUAUUCUAGAGGCGCAGGAUGGGGAGAAUAAAAUAUCGGGCAUUUGCUGGUCGCCGAACAAUCAAAAAUUAGCCAUAGCGACUUCAGAUCGACAGGUCCUGCUCUUCGACGAGAAGGGCGAGAAAAAGGACAAGUUUUCCACCAAGCCGUACGACCCCGAAGCCGGCAAGAAGUCCUACAUCAUCACCGGCAUCGCCUUCAGCCCGGACUCCGCCAAAAUAGCCGUCGCUCAAAGCGAUUGCAUCGUUUACGUGUACAAAAUCGGCGAAAAAUGGGGCGAGAAGAAGGCCAUCUGCAACAAAUUUCCCCAAUCGUCUCCCGUUACUGCCAUGAUAUGGCUGCAAUCAGGUCCUAUAAUAUGCGGUCUGGUCGAUGGGAAAGUCAGGGCUCUGCAAACCAAAUCGAACAAAUCUCAGAGCCUCUUCGCCUCGGACAGUCUUGUAGUUUCCCUGGCUUCGAACCCGAAAGGCACCGGGUUCUUAUCAGGCCACGUAGACGGUAACGUAAUAAGGUUUUACAUCACGAGCGAUCACGGCGAAGACGAGGCCCAAGGGAGGAUAGUCUUGCAUUCUGUGCCCCCGUACGCUCUGGCAUGGCCGCAGGGCCACAUAUUUGUAGGGGGCUGCGACAAAAGAGUCUCGGUAUUCAACAAUCACGGGAAACUGAUUAAAAAUUUCGAUUACAGCAAAGACACGACUGAAUAUGAUUUUACGUUGGCCACUUGUAGUCCCAGCGGGCAGGCUGUAGCCAUCGGUUCCUUCAGUCGCCUCAGAUUGUACAAUUGGAACACGAGGAAAUCCGCCUGGGAGGAAACGCCCCCCAAAGAACUGGCCAAUUUCUACACAAUCACAGCCCUGGCUUGGAAACGCGACGGUUCCAAAGUCACCUGCGGCGGCCUCUGCGGGGCCGUAUUUAUGUUCGAAUCAGUGUUGAAGCGAACGGUGUGGAAAGACAAAUUCGAAAUCACGUACGUGGGACCCAGCCAAGUGCUCGUCAAGCCUCUGGACGCCAACGAACGGGGCGUCAUAUUGCGCUCGCAAUACGGCGGCGAGAUCGAAGACGUGAAAAUCAUGGGCAAAGAUUGCUAUUUGGUGGCCAGGACCGAAGAAACGUUGCUCGUCGCCGAUUUGGCCAGGAAUCUUCUGAGCGAGGUACCUUGGAACAACACGGGCCACCACGAGAAAUUCUACUUCGAAAACCCGACGGUUUGUUUGGUGUUCAACGCGGGCGAGCUCACGUUGAUCGAAUACGGCGACAACGACGUGCUGUGCUCGGUGAGGACGGAGUUCGCCAAUCCGCAUUUGAUCAGCGUGAGGCUGAACGAACGCCACCAAUCCGCCGACAACAAGAAGCUGGUCUAUUUGCUCGAUUUGAAGACCGUCUGCGUCGUGGACUUGGUCAACGGGUACAUGAUGUGCCAGAUCGGGCACGACUCCAAAAUCGACUGGCUGGAACUCAACGAAAUCGGCUCCAAGUUGUUGUUUAGAGAUAAAAAACAGAGGCUCGUGUUGUUCGAUCUCGCUUCUCAAACGAAACAAACCAUAUUCACUGGUGUUAGUUUCGUGCAAUGGGUGGAGAGUAGCGACGUUGCGGUGGCUCAAGCUGGUAACACUUUAGCUAUUUGGUAUAACAUAGAUUUACCGGAAAAUCCCACCCUUACAAUGGUCAAAGGCGACGUGAUAGACGUCGUCAGAAACAACGGAAAAACCGAAGCGAUCUGCGUCGAUGGCAACAACACUUUCAAUUUAGAAUUAGACGAAGGACUGGUAGAAUUCGGUACAGCUUUGAAUGACAAUGACUACAACAGAGCGGUGCUGUUCCUGGAGAGCUUGUCCAACGGCUGCGAGGCCGAGGCCAUGUGGCACACACUCUAUCUGAUAGCGAUGAAGCAACAGAACUUAUGGCUCGCCGAACGUUGCAGCACCGCUCUCAAGGAGGUCGCCACGGCGUACUUUCUGCACGAAACGCUGCAAGAAGCGCGAAAAUACGAGGAGAAAUACGACGAGAAUCCGAACAAUUCGCCCGAAGUGUGGGCCAGAUUGUCCAUACUGGUAGGCGAUUUGAGUACGGCCGAAAACAUCUAUUUGGAACAGGGUAACAUCGAGAAAGCUUUGGAGAUGUACAAGAAACUACACAAAUGGGACGAAGCUAUAAGAUUGGCCGAUCAGCGGAACUACGAGCACGUUAAAGACCUCAAAGACGAGCACGUGUCGCUGCUGAUGCAAAGCGGCCAGUACGAGAAAAUCGGGCGGAUAUUGGAGGACGAAGGCAAGCACGAGGAAGCCCUGAACAUGUACUUGAAGUCCAACAAACUGUUGAGGAUACCCAAUUUGCUCAACAAGCAACCCCGCUUGCUCGACGAUCACGCCGUCAUCGCGGGCGUCUUGAAGAAUCUCAUCAAACAGGAACUGUUCGAGCCCGCCGCCGAUAUCUACGAAAAAUUAGACAAGCCCGAUUUGGCCAUGGAAUGCUACAGAAAAGGUAAAGUCUGGAACAAAGCCCUGGAUUUGGCGAGAACCGUCAGUCCGGACAAAGUCGUCCGAUUGGAGGAGGAAUGGGGCGACAGCUUGGUGGAAACCAAGCAAAUGGACGCCGCCAUAAGCCACUACAUCGAGGCCGGUUGCACCAUCAAGGCCUUGAACGCCGCCGUGGCUGCCAGGCAAUGGAAAAAGGCCGUGCACAUCAUCAAAGUCAUCGACGACGCCGAUACGGUUAGGAAAUACUAUGAAAUCAUCGCCCAUCAUUUCUCCAGCGUCAAGGAAUUCACCACGGCCGAAAAGCUCUACUCGGCCUGCGGCAUGUACAAGGAGGCUGUAGACAUGUACAACGAGGCCGGCCAGUGGGAGAAAGCCCACGCGAUAGCCUCUAAAUAUUUGGAAAACGAGGAGGUCUCCGACAUGUACUCGAAGCACGCCGAAGAAUUGGAAGAAGCUGGGAAGUACCGCGAAGCGGAGAAGCUUUAUCUACAAAUCGACAAUCCCGAUGCGGCCAUAGCCAUGUACAAGCGAGUGGAGCAAUACGAUCACAUGGUGAGAUUGGUGGAAAAGUACCACCCCAGCUUACUAGAAACCACCCAUCUGCAUCUCGGCCAGCAAUUGGAGGCCCAAGCGAAGUACCGGGCGGCCGAAGUUCACUAUUUAGCCGUCAACGAAUGGAAGGCGGCCAUGAACAUGUACAGGAACCUCGGCAUGUGGGAGGAAGCCUACAGGGUGGCCAAACAAAACGGCGGCGGCAACGCCGCCAAUCAGGUGGCCUUCCUGUGGGCCAGGACGCUGCACAUCGAUUCGGCCAUCAAGCUGUUGAACAAGUACGGGAUACUCGAGCAGAGCAUCAACUACGCCUGCGAAACGUACCAAUUCGAUUUCGCCUUUCAACUCGCCAAGAACCUGCCCGACAAGAUAGACGAGGUGCAUUUGAAAUACGCCAUGGCCCUGGAGGACGACGGUAAAUACGCCGAAGCCGAGUCGGAGUUCGUGCAAGCCGAUAAGCCCAAAGAGGCCGUGUUGAUGUACGUGCACGCCCUGAAUUGGAUAAACGCCUUGAGGAUAGCCGAGAAAUACGCGCCGGAAUGCGUGCCCGAAGUCCUCCAAGCCCAAGCCGCCCAAUGCUUCAAAGACAAACAGUACUCCGAGUUCGAGGUGCUGUUGCUCAGGGCCCAAGCGCCCGAACUCAUCGUUCAAAAAUACAAAAACGAAGAUAUGUGGAUAGACGCCCUGCGCGUCUGCAAAGAUUAUUUACCGCAUCUGUACCCGUCGGUGCAGGCCGAAUACAGCAGCUCGCACCACAACCAAAUGACCGACGCCAGCAUCGAGACGCUCCUGUCGCGGGCCAACGAGUGGGCGCUGGCCGGGCAACACAAGCAGGCCGUCGACUGCCUGUUGCAGGUCAACAACAACAUCACCGAGCCGUCGAUAGUGAAGCGGGCGCUCCUGCGGGCCGCCGACAUGGCCAACAAGUUCCUCUUCGGCGAGGAGGCCGUCGAGGUGGUGAAGGCGCUCGGGCCGCGCCUCGUCGAGAUCGGGGAGUACCGCGUGGCGGCGCAGCUGUACGUCAGCGUGGAGAUGAUGAAGGAGGCCAUCGACGCGUUCGUGGUGGCCGAGGAUUGGGGCAAGGCGAGGAAGAUCGCCAAGGAAUUGGAUCCGGCGUUCGAGAGCUACGUCGAGGGCAAGUACAAGGACAGGCUGUUGAAGAAGGGCGACGUCGAGCAAUUGGCUGAUGUCGAUAUAAUUGGAGCUUUGGAUAUGCUGGCCGAGCAAGGGCAAUGGACGAGGUGCAUCGAGAAGGCCAAGUCGCACAGCGCGCCCAUACUGCACAAGUACGUGGCGCUCUACGCGGCGAAAUUGCUCAAGGACCGCUUCGUGGCGGAGGCUUUGAAUCUGUACUACGCUUACGGAGCGCCGGCCAUGCCGCAGAAUUUUAAUAUCUACAAUCACAUCGCCACCGAGCUGUUUGGGGCCAACGACAUGGCCGAGCCGGAAUCGUACGGCGUUUGGGAGCAGCUGCGACAAGUGCUGUUGGAAAUUAACGAAGGUUUGGAAGUGGCCGUUAACGUUAACGCCGAUACCAAGGUGCAUUUUAGGAAGCUGCUGUUGGUUGCGCAUUACUUCGCUCUCAGAACAGCUUGCAGGCAAGUGCCUUCGUUGAAAUCUAUCGGCGUGAAAAUUAGUACGGCUUUAUUGAGGUAUACGGACAUCAUACCAGCGGAUAAAGCGUACUACGAAGCAGGUAAAGAUUUGAAAGAAGACGGUAGGCUUUCUGAAGCUUUCAUAUUUCUCAAUCACUAUUUGGACUUGUGCGAGGCUAUCGAAGAGGAGGAAGGGCAGCUGGUGGACCAUUCUGAUCUCAUACAAACCGAUUUUCCAUCAAAUAUUCCUCUACCGCGUCAACUUUACCUACUGGACGAUCCGAGGGAGCACGAUAACAUAAAGGAAUGGGUGCUGGCGAUUAGUAUGGAUCAGAAAAUAGACCAAACUUUGCCUGUAGAUGAUAGACAGUUGUACGAAUCGUCUUUACAAUCUGGAGAUUCGCCUUGUUUGGUAACGGGUUAUCCGGUGAGAAACCAGCCGGUGCAUUUCGCCAAAUCCAAUUUACAAGCGAACAAAGAUGCGUGGAAUAAGUUAAACAUGGGAGCUAAAAUGUCGCCGGAUUCCAACGUUUCCAGUGCUAUAUCUUUCAUCGUAAAAUGGUGCGGACCUCCCAAUUAA